CUCUCGAACCCCACCAAUUUUUAACCAAAAAAAAAAACAAAAACACUUCCCUUCUCAAAGGCAAUCUACUGGCAUAAGGAAGAGUAAUAGCAUGACAUCCAUUUUCCUUGCAGAGAUUAGUGUCCGUACACAUUUUAAUCUUUGUUUUGAGCAUUCCCGGUAAAUACAGAACAAGAAAGACUUAGGAAAAAUGGCAUCUUCAACUUUGUUUAGCAACACUCCAACGGCUGUUUUCUCAAGAACCCACUUUCCAGUUCCAAUCUUUAGCAACUCAUCCGUAGAAUUCUCGUCUUCCACGCACUAUAACUACAACUUCAAAACCAAGACAAGUAGUGCUAAGAAAUUGAAACAUGUGAAUGCUGUAGUGACCGAGGCACCUGCUGUGAGUGAAUCAAGAGGGAAACAGUCAGAACAAAGGAAGUUGAAGGUUCUUGUUGCUGGAGGUGGAAUUGGAGGGCUGGUUUUUGCGUUGGCAGCAAAAAGGAAAGGGUUUGAGGUGAUGGUUUUUGAGAAGGAUUUGAGUGCGGUAAGAGGAGAAGGACAAUAUAGAGGUCCAAUUCAGAUACAGAGCAAUGCAUUAGCUGCUUUGGAAGCUAUUGAUUUAGAUGUUGCUGAAGAGGUUAUGAGAGCUGGGUGUAUCACUGGUGAUAGGAUUAAUGGACUUGUUGAUGGGAUCUCUGGUACUUGGUAUGUCAAGUUUGAUACCUUCACUCCUGCAGCAGAACGAGGGCUUCCAGUCACAAGAGUUAUUAGCCGAAUGACUUUGCAACAAAUCCUAGCUCGUGCAGUUGGAGAUGAUGUGAUUCUUAAUGAUAGUAAUGUCGUUAGUUUUCAGGAUGAUGGGAAUAAGAUCACUGUGGUGCUCGAGAAUGGACAAGAAUUUGAAGGUGAUCUCCUAGUGGGUGCUGAUGGAAUAUGGUCAAAGGUGAGGAAGAACUUAUUUGGACCCAAGGAAGCAGUGUACUCAGGCUAUACAUGUUAUACUGGUAUAGCAGAUUUUGUGCCUGUCGAUAUCGAGACUGUUGGGUAUCGUGUAUUUUUGGGUCACAAACAAUACUUCGUGUCUUCAGAUGUGGGUGCUGGAAAGAUGCAGUGGUAUGCAUUUCACAAGGAACAACCUGGUGGCGUGGAUGGCCCCCGUGGUAAAAAGGAUCGGCUGUUGAAAAUAUUUGAGGGUUGGUGUGAUAAUGUGAUAGAUUUGAUACUGGCCACAGAUGAAGAUGCCAUUCUUCGACGUGAUAUAUAUGACAGGGAACCCAUUCUUACCUGGGGAAGGGGUCGUGUGACCUUGCUUGGGGAUUCUGUCCAUGCCAUGCCACCGAAUAUGGGUCAAGGGGGAUGCAUGGCCAUUGAGGAUAGCUACCAACUUGCAUUGGAGCUUGAUAAAGCAUGGAAACAAAGUGUUGAAUCAGGAACCUCUGUUGACGUUAUUUCAUCACUAAGGAGCUAUGAGAAUGCUAGAAGACUCCGAGUUGCCAAUAUCCAUGGAAUGGCAAGAAUGGCGGCAAUUAUGGCUUCAACAUACAAGGCGUAUCUGGGUGUAGGGCUUGGUCCGCUGUCGUUCUUGACGAAGUUUCGGAUACCUCACCCAGGAAGAGUUGGUGGCAGAUUUUUCGUUGACAUAGCAAUGCCUGUGAUGCUCAAUUGGGUCUUGGGCGGAAACAGUUCCAAACUUGAAGGCAGGUCUCUAAAUUGCCGACUCUCAGACAAAGCCAGUGACCAGUUGCAAAGAUGGUUUGAAGAUGAUGAUGCUCUAGAGCGUGCUCUUAAUGGAGAGUGGUUUCUUUUACCAUGUGGAAAUGAGGCUGUUGCUUCACAGCCUAUUGGUUUAAGUAGGGAUGAGACCAAACCCUGUGUGGUUGGGAGCGUGUCACAUGAUGAUUUUCCAGGAAUGUCCAUAGUGAUACCCGCACCCGAGGUUUCAGAAAUGCACGCUCGUAUCUCUUGUAAAAAUGGUGCAUUUUACCUAAUUGAUUUGCGGAGUGAGCAUGGCACCUUUAUCACAGAUCAUGAGGGGAGACGGUAUAGGGCAACUCCGAACUUUCCUGCCCGGUUCCAUCCAUCAGAUAUGAUUGAGUUUGGCUCGGACAAGAAGGCAACAUUUCGUGUUAAGGUGAUGUGGUCUCCUCUGAAGAUUUCAGAAAAGAAGGAAGAAAGCCAAGUUCUUCGGUCGGUAUAAGAUUCUGAACAUGGUCGAUUUUUAUUUGCACAGGAGUUUGUAUAGCCAUUAUUUGGAGCAGCGAGCAGUGAACAAUGCUUCUUUUAUUUACAGUAUGGAGCUUUAUACAGGAUUUGGGAAAUCCAUGCAUGUUAUAUUA